AGAAAACAGAUAGGUAACGAUGAUCUCCCUAUGUGUUAUGAUGUAAUUAUCGAGAAUGAAGAGAUACGACUGCAUGUUUUGAGGUGAUGGGUAAGAAGUUACUGGUACUAGGAGCCUCUGGUAACACUGGUCAACAUCUGGUGAAACAGGCGCUCGAGAGAGACCACCAUGUUACCGCUCUGGUCAGGGAUCCAGCAAAGAUAGAGAUAAAGCACGAUAAACUCUCUGUAGAGAAAUGUGACGUCUUCAACAAAGAAGAAAUGAGACCACAUUUAGAGAAUGCUGAGGUUGUGCUGUCUUGUUUGGGGUUUCCUCUUCAGAGAAAAGAACCUGUCCCGUACUAUUUACAAGUUGCUCAAGUUCUAUCAGAGACAAUGCAUGAGUUUGGAAAACGAAGAGUCGUCUUCAUGCAUUCAUGGUACACGCAUCCAGAAUCUCGAGCUAGAUGCCGAGGAUUCUUUCUGAAAAACUUCUUUCUACCCUACGUUAUAGGACAGUCCCUUAACGGAAUGAGACUGAGUGAGGAGUACCUUGACAGUACUGAUCAUCUUGAUUACACUUGUAUUCAGCCAGCUCAUUUGCUGGAUGGACCUGUUACAGAUAAGAAGUUCAUAUUGAAUGAAACAGACUCUUGUAUCGCCGAUGCUGCACAAGAAAUCAACAGAGCUGAUGUAGCUAGGUACAUGCUGGACGUUAUUGAUGAUGAGAGUAGCUACAGGAAGAUAAGAGCUAUUGGUGUUGGUGUGGAUGUUACAGACAAAGCAAUACUGACAGACGACAACCACAGCUACGUUCCAAACUGUCCGAUACGAAUAUCAAGGGCGGAUGUAGCUAGGUACAUGCUGGAUGUUAUUGAUGAUGAGGGUAGCUACAGGAAGAUAAGAGCGAUGGGUAUAGAGGGAGAUGACAGUUACAUGGCAGUUAUUAUGGAACAGAUUGAUGAGUUUAAGAAAGUCAUUUUUCGAAAUUAA